AACUUUCACCUGUUACCUUUGUACAGUUGAGAAUACUUUUCUUUAUGUAUCAGGUAACUAAAGUUACCUUCAAUCAAAUCGUUUUAGAUAAACUCUAUUGCUUAUCAAAAUAGACUCUCCCUAACUUACAUCUUACAAAUGCAUUUUAGCUGCUGUAACUGUUAGUAGUUACACACGAAAAAACCGUCUUCUAACAGUUUGUUAAUAUCAUUUAGGCAUUUAUCAUCAUUUAAUAUUCUCUACUGCAUUUUCAUUUUCAAGAAGUGGACAUACAUUCAGUGUAUUUAACCAUUCUUUAUGACCAGCAAACCUAAAGUUAUGAAGUUACAUUGAAAAUGGCCAACCACCACUUUCUACUGCUUUUAUUUUGCACAUCGGUGCUACAAACAGUUAUCAACAGUCAACAUGCAUGUGACUUUGAGAAAGAUCUCUGCAACUGGAACAGUCAUAAAUCCAUCGACAUAACAUGGAAAAGAAAAGAAGGAAAAUCAAAUAAAAAUGAAGCAGAGACCCUGGCCGACCACACCACAGGAUCUGGCUCUUAUUUACAUCUAAAGUACCAAAAUCUGACUGAGGAAAAUAUUGCCCAGAUAUUUACACCAGCAUUUCUGCAGAUGGACAAAAGCUAUUGCUUGUCUUUCUAUUAUUACAUGUCUGGCAAGUUUGACAAAGCCUUAUAUAUCUAUAGAUAUAGCAAUAACACUCAGCUACAAGACCAAGAAGUUAUUGCACUUGAAGGUUCUCAAGAUGAAAGCUGGAGACUUUUUCAGACGUCAUUUAAAACUGAAACAGAAAAUCGGCUGAUGUUUGAAGCUCAUUUGGAAGGACCCACAGCUGAUAUUUCUAUCGAUGAUGUACAACUUAAAGAAGGCAACUGUCCAGAGUCUAAUGAGAUUCCAAAUUACGAGUCACAAACUCCAUCAAUUCAAUUACCUUUCUCUUGUGACUUUGAACGUGAUACAUGUGGUUUUAAGGCCAUGUCAGGCAUUUUGCAAUGGAAACGAGGGCAUGGCACAAGAUCUUACUUCUACAAUGGGCCUGUGGAUGAUCAUACAUUUCGAACUCGAUCAGGCAAUUACUUAUAUGCAUCACCACAUUGGAGAUAUCAGAAAAGAGCGGCUUACUUAGUGUCUCCUGAAUUCCCGGGCAAAGAUCAAAUUUGCGUUCAGUUUUGGUAUAACAUGUAUGGAGAAAAUAUCAAUAAACUCGAAGUUAUUAUAAGGAAUCAAACCGUUUGGUAUGCUGCCGGUAACCAAGGAUUUGGUUGGAAAGUGGCCUAUGUUUCUGUAUUGCCUGGAGAAGAUUUUAAUAUUACCUUCAAUGCUUGGAACAGUCUUGGAAAUGUUGGUUAUAUUGCUAUAGAUGAUGUACGCCUUGAGCAAGGAAACUGUACACGACCAGACAUAUGCAAUUUCGAAGGAGCUAUGUGCUCUUGGACCAACUCCAAGCGGGAUACUCUUGACUGGGUUGAAACAAAAGGUUCUAAGACCCGCAGAAUUGGGCCAAGUUCAGAUCAUACAGUUGGGACAAUAAAAGGGACAUACCUGUUUCUCGAUGCCAGCAAGUCCAAAGCAGAAGACACACGAGCUCUGUUAACCAGUGAAUCCUUCUCAAUGAGAGUGAAGACAAAAUGUUUACAGUUCUUUUACCAUAUGAAAGGAAACGUUGGUCAACUGACAGUAUACAAAGAAAAUGAAGAUCAUAAAACAGAGCUUCUUUGGUCCCUUGUUGGAAACCAAGGGUCCAUAUGGAAUUAUGCCACCAUUGAAAUUCGACCUCAACCAAAGAAUUUUUAUUUGGUUGUUGAAGGAAUUAUUGGUCUGAAUAACACAGGUGGAAUUGCAAUUGAUGAUUUUGCUAUGACUAGCAUACAAUGUAAAACAACUCCUCCAAAAGCAAAUUUACAGAAACCUGUUGUCAAGACUACAAGGAGAAGCAUAACACCAAGUCAUGCAACAAUUGAACCAGGAAAGGUUGUUAUGAAGUGUAAUUUUCUCAACAAUACUUGUAAAUGGAUUCAAGGACAUGAUGAUAAUUCUGACUGGAUUCUGACUCAAAGCAAGAAUGUUGGUGGUCAAGGACCAAUUGCUGAUCACACAAGUGCCAAUGGUUUCUAUAUGAACUUACCAUCCAAUGUUGGUCAAACAGCUCAUCUUCACAGUCCAAUGAUUACACCUGUCGCAGGGCACCCAAUGUGCUUAUCAUUUUGGUAUUAUAUGUAUGGUCCAAAUAUUGACUCAUUAAAGGUGUAUAUUACAAAAAGCAACUUGAAAGAGAAAGCCCCACACUGGGUGAGAAUAGGCACCCAGGGAAAUCAAUGGAAACAGGGGAAAUUAUUGAUAUUACAAACACGGCCCUUUAAGAUUACAUUUGAAGGGAAAGUGAAGCAGUCGUCAGUUGGUAAUAUCGCAUUAGAUGACAUUCUUCUCAUUCAUGGCACCUGUAAUGAACUAACAACCAGAAAACCUGAUGUAUCUGUUCCUCUUGCACAACGGAGUUGUAAUUUUGAAGCUAAUGACAUAUGCGGUUUCUCAGUUGAAAACUCGACAAACUUCCACUGGAGCCAACAUUCUGGUAGCACAGAUACCUUAGGGACCGGACCAACAAAUGAUCAUACAUUAGAGUCAUCUUCAGGUCAUUAUAUGUAUGUGAGUGCAAUGGAUGGGAACUUAACAGCGAAAUCAUCUCUGAUAAGUCCAUUCUACAAAAACACUGACAGCGUUUGCCUACAGUUUUAUUAUCACAUGUAUGGAAAUGGAAUCGGUACUCUGAACAUUUAUACAAAGAUUGGCAAUACUAUGGACAGGAUUUACCAUAUUUCUGGAAACCAAGCUAAUAAAUGGCAAGUGGAUACAGCAACAAUUGAUAUUGCAAAAACAUCGACAAAUCUUUACAGAGUGAUAUUUGAAGCUGUGAAAGGACCAAAUAAACGAGGUGAUAUUGCUCUUGAUGACAUCUCAUUUACCUUGGGAGCUUGUUCAGCGAAAGGAGAUUGUGACUUCGAAGACUCAAAUUGUUUAUGGACAAAUGUUCAAGGCACUGGUGAUAAUUUUGAUUGGAUAAAAUUGAAGGGCUCAGCUUCAAAUACCAACAUAGGCCCAAAAUUUGAUCACACACACCAGAAUGCACAAGGUCACUACCAAUAUAUUGAAAAAGCGAAGGGAACUAACCCUGGCCGAGCUUGGUUAGUUAGUCCACUUUUCCAACCACUUAAUUCUGAUAAGUGUCUGCAGUUCUGGUACAACAUGAAUGGGAAAGACAUUAGUAGACUGUCAGUUGUAAUAACCGUUGCAGGCUCAAGCAACAUUACCAUUUGGCAGUUAGAAGGAAACCAAGGAAAACCAUGGCUGCAAGGCCAGGUAUCUCUACCAAGGAUAAAGAAACCUUAUUCUGUGGUAUUUGAAGGCAUCAAUGGCAAAGAACAAGGUGGCAUAGCUCUGGAUGACAUUACUUUUAUAAACGAAGGUUGCAGAAUAUUCCCAUCCAAAGCUUAUCUAAAACACAGCAUGACAACCAAUAAACCAACAGUGACAAAAGCUCCAGUUGAUGUCUCAACUUCUUGUGCAUUCACAAAUGAUUACUGUGGAUGGAAGCAAGAUAAAGCAGAUGAUGGUGAUUGGCUAAUUGGAUUAAGUGACAAAGCAGCAAUGAAAGACCAUACUGGAGUUGACGGCGGUCAUUAUAUAUUUGUUAAACAUUUAAAUCAAACAAACAAAAAGUUCCGGCUUAUCAGUCCAGAUUUCACUCCAAAUAGUGAUACAAGUUGUGUUACAUUUUGGUAUUAUAAAGAUGGUUAUUUUUCAAAUUCUCUCAGAAUGUACAUAAAAGAAGGCCUUAAUUUGCCAUCUUCACCUGUAUUAGCUUUAAAUGGAUUUCCAGCUAAAAGAUGGGAGAGAGAGAUGUACAGUGUUCACAUUAACAAAACGUUUAAUGUUGUGUUUGAAGUUCGGAGUGAUUCUUAUGGCAUUACAGCUGUAGAUGAUGUUUCUAUAACACACGGAACUUGCAAGAAUGAUUUCAGUGACUCGUUAUCCUGUAAUUUUGAAAAUAAAGCUAUUUGUGGUUUCAAACAAGAUACCCAUGGGAAGAAACUUUGGAUUUGGCAUCAAGGCAGCACAUCAACCCUCAAUACAGGUCCUUCAUCUGACCACACUUACAGGUCUAACAAAGGUCAUUAUAUGUUUGUGGAGGGCAGUAACACAAAACCAAAUUCCAAAGUCCGACUCUUCUCACCACUCAUCAAGCAAGACACUUCCUCAUCAUGUGUUGAGUUCUACUUCAAUAUGAAAGGAAAUGUUGGAAUGCUCUCUGUCUAUCUUUUGAAUGGAAAUCGUUCUACAUUUCUCUGGAAUCGAUUUGGGCAUCAAAAUUCUGACUGGCAGUUAACAUCAAUACAAAUAAAUUCUCAUAAGCAAUAUCAGAUUUAUUUCCAAGCUAUUGUUGGUGGUAAAUACGAUGGAGACAUUGCCAUUGAUGAUUUUACAGUUCACAGUGGCCAGUGUAAUAAACAAGGAACAUGUAACUUUGAAAAUGGAAUUUGUGAUUGGGAAAUGUCAGAUGAAAAUGAUUUUGAUUGGCUCAUUCAGAAAGCUGAUGUAAAAUCCAAAAUUUUAGGCCCUCUCACGGACCACACAAAUAUCAAAGUUAUUUCCAAAGGUCACUAUCUUUUGGCGAAACCAAACAGUGGUCAAGCUGGUAGUAUUUCUAAACUAGUAAGCACAGAUUUUAACCCAACAGUCAACUGUCUCCAUUUAUGGUACAAUAUAUAUGGAAAGACUCCAGCCACAAUGACAGUGUACAAGAAGGCAUCAAAUACAAGUAUUUUGUGGCAGCUUACAGAUGAGCAGGAAGGAAACUGGAAGGAAGCACAAGUUCCCAUAUCAAACACUUCAGAAGUAUUUUCAAUUGUAAUUGAAGUUAAAUCUGGCGAUGCAAGCUAUGUGGCAAUUGAUGACACGCAUUUUAAUAAAAUGCAUGAUUGUGCGCGUAAACCAAGUAAUGCUAUUGCUGCUCGUACUACUGUCAAAAGAUCAUAUACCACUAAGCCAGCAACAGUUCCUCAGAAAGACUCUUUUAAAUCGUGUACAUUUUCAAGUGGGUUUUGUGGUUGGCAGCAGCUUACUGGUAGUAGAAUGAAGUGGCAACUAAAGCGAGGCCAAACGGCUACACGGGAUACAGGACCGAAAAGGGAUCACACCACUGGGACUGGAAACUACAUCUAUGUUGAAACAUCCAACCCGGUCGUAUCAGGAGACAGCACUCAUCUCAUCAGUCCCAAAUUUCAAGUACCUGGAUCACAGGAAUGGUGUCUAAGUUUUUGGUAUCACAUGUUCGGAAAUGGAAUUGGUACAUUGUCUGUGGUAUACAGAGGCAAAUCUGAUGUAGUUGCUUGGCAGAAGAGGAAAUCUCAAGGAAACAAAUGGAUAAAUGGUAAAGUAAACAUCAGAGGACCACAAGCACUGCAGAUUAUAUUUCAAGCAACCAAGGGGAAAAGUUUUGCUGGAGAUAUUGCUUUAGACGAUAUAAUGAUCACACCUAAACAAUGUUCAGAAACUAAAACAUCACUCCUGUCGUUCUGUGAUUUUGAAAGCACAUGUAGUCUCUUCCAACGUGUUUCAAGUACUCUAAAUUGGCAGAUAACUACAAACACGAACCAUCCAAAAUAUAACGACCAUACAUACAAAUCAUCAUUGGGUGAUUACAUAUAUGUUGACCUCACUAAGGCAAAUAAAUAUAGCGAUGCAAAAUUCAACAUGCCAACAAUGCACAAUAGAACAGUCUGUGUAGAAUUCUUUUAUCGAGCCUUAGGGUCCUUCACAGGAAGAUUGACAGUCUUCAGAAAGGUCAAGGAUGAAACACUUACACUUUUAAAGAUUGAUGGCAACGGUGUUCCAAAUGAAUGGACUUUUGCAGAACUAGAAGUACAGUCUUAUGAAGAUUUACAGUUGUCUUUCUAUGUUUUGAGUGGUAACAAACCAAAAGGAGGUAUAGCCAUUGAUGAUAUCGCUGUAGGAAAUGACCACUGCAAACCACCCACUUCUUGUGACUUUGAAAGGGAACACUUAUGCCAUUGGAAAAAUUCUCAAAGUAACCGCCAUGAUUGGCUUGUCCACAAUGGAGGAACUGAUUCCCAAGGUACAGGUCCAAGUGUUGACCACACAACAGGAAAACAAACAGGAAGUUAUAUGUACAUUGAGGCCUCUAAUCUGCGCAGAAUGGAGAAAGUACGAAUAGUUAGUGAACUGCUAACAAACAAUGGAUUCACACCUUGCUUCCUCUUUUGGUAUAACAUGUAUGGUAGUGGUAUUGGCCAACUAAAUAUAUACAUUCAAGAUUCUGAUCAGAAAGAGAUAUUGAUGUGGACUCUGAAAGGAAAUCAAGGAAAAACUUGGCAGAUUGGGAAGAUACCAUUAAUUACUUCAAAGAAGGAAUACAGGGUUGUUAUUGAAGGCUCUACAAAUUCAUUCAGAGGUGAUAUCGCAAUUGAUGAUAUUUAUACUAUCCCACAGUCUUGUUCAUUCUUUCCAUCUCGAGCACAAGCAUAUUUCAAGCCAACAACUCAAAGUCCACCAACAACGAUAAAGAACAUAAUUGAUACUGAUGUUGAUGAGAUGUGCACAUUUGAAAAAGGAAUGUGUAUGUGGUCACAAAGUCAAAAUGACAACUUUGAAUGGAAGCUACGACAAGGUUAUACUCCAAACCACAGCAUUGGGCCUCAAGGAGACCAUACAACAGGAUCUGGCCACUACUUGUAUAUGGAUACUCAGGGACAAUCUGUCAGCAAUAGAGCACAGCUAUUCUUUACAUAUACUCCAAUACAAAACAGAACAAGGUGUUUAAAGUUUUGGUACAACAUGCGUGGACAACAUCUUGAUUAUUUAAAUGUUUAUAUCCAGUAUGGAAUUGGAUCGAAUUCCCCUGUAUGGUCAAAAAGAUCAGACCAAGGACCCAACUGGCACCUUGCACAGAUUAACUUUGAUGAACAAUAUUCCACAGACAUGAAGAUAAUAAUUGAAGGUGUCAAAGGUGGAAACACCCUUGGUAAUAUAGCCAUUGAUGACAUCACAUUAACAAGUGACAGCUGCAAAGAACCAAUUGGCAAAUGUGAUUUUGAAACUCGAAGCUUAUGUGGUUAUCAACCUGAUAACCUUGCCAACUUUAAAUGGAUAUGGAGAACAGGCUACUCCGCAAGGUUUUCAACAGCUCCUAAUAAAGAUCAUACAUAUGGAUCAAGCAAAGGCCACUACAUGCAUAUCUCAUCUCGACGUCCUCGAAAGCCAAAGGAAGUAGCUCGAUUAUUGUCUCCAAAAUAUGAUGCCCCUAAAGAAGACCAUUGUGUACAGUUUUACUACAAUAUUUAUGGAAGAAAUGUUGGUUUACUCAACAUAAAGCUCCGCAUUCAUGAUACCAAGCCCUAUGAUACAGACAGUUACCUUCAAAUCAGAGGGGACCAACAGAAAGGAUGGAUACUUGGAAUGGUAGAAAUACCAAAGAUGAUAGAGGAUGCGUAUCAGAUUAUAUUUGAAGGGGUCAUUGGCACAGGGCCAUAUGGGGACAUCGCAAUUGAUGAUAUUACAGUUACACCAGGAGAAUGUGAAGUUGGAGGUGACUGUGAUUUUGAUCAUGGUCGUUGUACGUGGACAAAUAUGGCUUAUAAUAGAUAUAAUUGGUUGGUGGGAUCAGGAUCUACACUAUCUUCAAAUACUGGACCUGUAAAUGAUCACACAUUCCAGACUUCAAGAGGAUUUUAUCUUUACAUUGAUGCAACAUAUUUGAAGAAAGAAGACAAAAGCCGUUAUAUUAGUCAAAUGUUUCCUGCUCUCCAUUUGGAAAAACGCUGCAUCACUUUCUGGUACAGCAUGAACGGUGAUGGAGUUGGUAUUCUGAAAAUUUUGACUAAAUUUGAAACUGGUAGUAAUGUAACUAUUUGGGAACUCAGCAGGGACCAAGGUAACAAGUGGCUUUACGGACAGGCACCCAUAGAAUCUCAUACACAAUAUCAGAUAAUUAUAGAAGCAACAAGAGGAAGAACAUUCGAAGGAGACAUAGCCAUUGAUGAUAUUGUCUUCAAAGACUCUACUUGUUCAGUAUUACCACACACGGCAGCUCCAAAGGACACCAACGCCGUCAUUCCAACAGGCAUACCACCUAAAAACACAGAAACUACAAAACCAUUCAAUUGUUCCUUUGACAAUGGAAUAUGUGGUUGGACCCAAGAUCAGCAAGAUGACUUUGACUGGAGCGAAAUUGCUGGCCAAACACAAACCUUGGGCACUGGUCCUCCAUCUGCUCAUGGUGGAAAGGGCUAUUAUCUUUACAUUGAAGCAUCUUACAAGCGAUACGGUCAAAAGGCUCGACUGGUCAGUCCCCUGGUCAAAUCAGUCGGCAUGAUAUGUGUGAGCGUAUAUUACUAUAUGUAUGGCAGUGACGUCAAAGACUUCAAAAUUUAUGUUGUAUCUGGGUCUAACUCACCUCAACAAAUAUUUACCAAGUCCGGAUCAAGUAGAUGGCGAUGGAUCCAGGCCCAGGUUCAAUUUCAGACACUGUCUCCAUUCAAUGUUAUUUUAGAAGCAACCAGAGGCAGAGGAAUUCGAGGUGACAUAGCCAUUGAUGAUGUUGCUGUAAAUGAAGGAUUUUGCAAAAGGCAGGCAGCUAUUGGAAUUGGUAAAUAUUAUAAUUUUGAAGACUCUAACAGAAUGGAUCAGAUGAAAGAUAAUGAUUUUAAUUGGUACUUAGGCUCUGGCCGAACAGCAAGACACACCUCGCGGCCUUCAAGAGAUCAUACUUACAAUAGUACAAGAGGUCAUUACAUGUACCUAAGAGGCAACCCUCGAAUUGAAUCUGGUGAUAAAGCAGUUCUGAGUACACAAAACCUUUAUAGUCAAAACUCUGCAGUUUGUGUAACAUUUUGGUAUUUCAUCUAUGGCAAAGCAUCUGGUUCAUUAAUGGUCCAAUAUGUGAGUGAACAGGAUGGUUUUACAUCCCCAAAAUCAAUUUGGAUGAGAAGUGACGAUCAAGGCAAUCAAUGGAAUGAAGCUAAUCUUAAUAUUGUUAACCAUUCUGGAAUGCAUAUCCGAAUUGAAUUUGUUGGGACUGCUGGCCCUGGUUAUUCUCUGAAUGUUGCCCUCGAUGAUGUUUUUAUAUCAAAUAAGCCCUGCCGUAUCAAACCAGAUUCAUGCAAUUUUGAAAAUGGUAAAUGUCAAUGGGAAAAUAAACAUAAGGAUGAUUUUGAUUGGGUGAUAAGUUCAGGAAAAUAUACAUCACUUUAUGGACCAUCUAAGGAUCAUUCAUCUUCUACAACUGCAGGGUCCUACUUGUUCUUGGAACCAACUGUAAUUAAGAAGUACGACAGUUCUCAAUCAAAUCAAGUCGCUAUUUUAGAAAGUCAACAAUUUUCACCCUCUACCCAGAAAAAAUGCUUUGAGUUUUAUUAUUACAUCAACAAAGCAGAAAAUUCCAGCUUGCAGAUGUUUUCUAGCCAAAAUGGUGAUGAAGAUUUGAUUUGGCAUUUAUCAGGGCAUCAAGGAUCAAGUUGGAUGAAGGGCCAAACAACCCUAAGAAAUAUUGCUAAUCCUUUUAGAGUCAAAAUAAAAGGGAGCCGAGGCCCAAAUUAUGCUGGUGACAUUGCCUUAGAUGAUAUGAAGUUCACGUCCACAAAGCAAUGUGCAACUUUACCCCCCAAAGCUUCACCAGAUGUAACACCAACAGCAACAGCAAGCCCACUAAUUAAAAUUCCUGGUUUUAAUUGCUCCUUUGAUAAGAAUUUCUGUGGCUGGAAGAAUAGUCAAAAGGCACAAAUUCUUUGGAAGAGAACCAAAGGAUCAACUAGAAAUUCCGAUACUGGACCCUCGUCUGAUCAUAGUGGAGGUGGUUACUACAUAUACAUUGAAUCCUCAUUUUUUGGUGGUGUCUUGAAGCAUUUUGCUGAUUUGAUAAGUCCAGCAUUUUCAACAACCCAAAAAUCUUGUGUUAGCUUCUAUUAUCAUAUGUUUGGAGAAGAUGUUAAUUCUCUGCAAUUAAUCUUAGUUCCGAAGAAGGGUGCAGCUCAGUACAUCUGGUUAAAGAAUGGUCCACAAAAAAAUAAAUGGUUACAAGGCACCGUGACAAUACCAGCUGUUAGUUCGUCAUAUAUUGCCUUCAGAGGAGUUUCUGGUUAUGGAUCUAGUGGUGACAUUGCAAUUGAUGAUGUAACCAUACAUGCUGGAGAGUGUGAAGAAGACAUUAGCUCAAAUUCUGUUGACUGUGACUUUGAAUCAUCUGGUAGCUGCCAAUAUUUUCAAGAUAAAGAUGUUGACUACAAGUGGGUACCAUACUCUGGAUUUAGAUCCCCAUUUAAAGACCACACAAAAAAUUCAGUAUUUGGUCAUUUCAUGGGUGCAGGCUCUCGUAGAAUUUCCACAGGUAAGAUAGCACGACUUUGGACACCGCAGUUUGCAUUAAAAGAUGGACAAUGUUUAUCAUUUUGGUACCACAUGUAUGGGACAAGAAUUGGUAGACUCAAUGUUCAUGUAACUAAUGUGAACGAUGUUAACAGAAUUGGAGCAGCUAUUUGGACUAGAAGAGGUCAUCAAGGCAGGACAUGGUUUGAAGAAUAUAUCCCAUUACCAAACUUCGUGAAUGCAUUUGCUAUCUUUGAAAGUAUUAAUGGUGGAGACGUAAUAGGUAUUGAUGAUGUCAGACUUUUAAAUUCAACAUGUCCUGAGCCAGGUGACUGUCACUUUGAAAUAAGUUCCUGUGGUUGGCACAAUGAUGGAAACAACACUGUUAACUGGGAAAGAAUGUCUGGCCGAACGAUAUAUCGAAGAGAACAUCGCUCUAUUAAAGAUCACACAUACACUUCCAUAGCUCACAGUAUGAUGUACAUAGGUGUAUCUCAAUCAAAAGUGAAAACAAAAGGAGAUUUGGUUUCUAUUUCUUUUGAUAAAACAAGUGGUUCUGGUCUUUGUAUCAAGUUUUGGUACAUUAUAAAUGGAAACAAUAUUGGAAAUUUGUCUGUUAUCAUGCAGACCGCAAAUCAAAGCACAUUAAUGUGGAAGUUAUCUGAUUCACAAGGUUCUGCAUGGUCUCAAGGAACUUUCUUUAUAAAAAGUGAUUCUUCAUUCACCCUAUUAAUAAGAGCUGAGAUAGAAGAAAAUGCCAAUGGAUAUUUAGCUUUAGAUGACAUUAACUAUAAUUCACUGAAGUGUGCAGUCACUCCUAUAAAAGCUCGACCCUUGAAUCAACCAUCCACAACUAGAAACCCAGUAACAAUGGUGUCAACAAUAGCAACAAGUGUUCUGCCCCCAGGUCCAUAUGACUGUACAUUUGAAAGUAAAAACUUCUGUGGUUGGACUCAAGCUCAAUCUAGUUUUAAGUGGAUUAUAGCUAAAGGCUCCAGAUCUGGAUAUGAUCCUAUUGUUGACCACACCCUUAAAACAUCGAAUGGCAAUUUUGCUCUAUUCCGAUAUCCGAGAACCCAUUCAAUCCAAUAUGUGAAACUACUAAGUCCACCAAUUCAUAAUUAUACUCUGACCUGUUUAUCAUUUUGGUUUCACUUGUAUGGCAAUAGAGUGCAUUCUCUCUCUGUACAGCACAUGACAAGCAAUAAAGUCUUCACACAAGUGUGGUACCAUUCACAACCUUUAAGUAGAAAAUGGCAUCCAGCAUCUGUUACUUUAGGUCUUAAUGACAAUGAUAAAAUAGCUUUUCAAGUUGAUACCAGGUCAUAUCUUUCUGGCUCUGUUGCACUCGAUGACAUUAAACUGACUCCAGGACAUUGCCAAAUAAAAGCAAGUUGCGGGUUUGAAGACAUAGGUCAUUAUAUGUAUUUGAGAAAUUCUCAUAUUCGCAGUGGUUCUGCUCGGUUGUUUAGUAAAGUCCAAACAAAAACCUCCGGAUCUUGUGUAAGUUUUUGGUACAGUAUUGGAGGUACCACUGAUUCAAUGCGUUUCAGGGUGUACUCUCUGAUUGCUGACAUAUACCGUAAUCUCUGGACUCGUUCAAGUAGGACUGGGAAAUCCUGGAACCAGGCUGAAGUAACAGUGAAAUCUAAUACACAUUGGCAGGUUGCUUUCCUUGGAUAUUCCACCAGAUACAACUCCAAAGGCUACAUUGCUCUUGAUGAUGUUAAAAUAACACCUGGAAGCUGUCCAAUGGAUGGAGAUUGUAACUUUGAAAAAGAUAUGUGUUCUUGGUCAAAUUCAAAUCAAGAUAAUUUUGAUUGGCUUCAAACAACUGCUGCAAACAACGGAGCCGGACCAAAAGUCGAUCAUUCUGAACAGACUGCUCAGGGCUCUUAUAUCUAUGUACUCCCUAAAUGGCCAAUACAAACUGGAGAAAAGGCUGUUCUUGUCAGUGACCCUAUUGCACCAACUCCACGAAGACGUUGCAUGAGCUUCUGGUAUUACAUAAAAGGAAAUUCUGCUGGUGAACUGGAAGUUGGUUACGCAAAUGAAUCAGUUUUGUGGAGACUAUCUGAUGAUCAAGGGGAUCAAUGGCACCUUGGAAAAGUACCUUUGAGUAUAACCAAUCGUUAUAAAAAGAUGACAUUUUCUGCAAGUGCCGGUGCCGGUUCAAGGAGUAUUAUCGCUAUAGACGAAAUUAGCUUUGACUUAAAACCCUGUGGCUUGUAUCCAUUUAAUGCAAAACCUGUACUUAGACCAAGCACGACUUCAGCACCAACAACACCAAUUUCCCCACCAUCAACAUUCAAACCAAACAGCAAAUUUGAUUGUUCAUUUGAAAAUGGAUUCUGUAGUUGGGGUCAAUCAAAAAAUGACAUAUUUAACUGGACAUUACAACAAGGACCGACUCAAAGCAGCGGUACUGGACCAAAUAUUGACCAUACUUAUGGUACAAAGAAAGGCUACUAUAUUUAUAUUGAGUCCUCCUACCCACGUAGAAGGGGAGAUACGGCAAUCCUAACCUCUGCAUCAUUCAGUAAAAACAUUAAUUAUACUUUAGAAUUCUACUAUCAUAUGUACGGAUCAACAAUUGGAGGGCUGAAUGUUACAAUGACUUUAGAUGGUCAACAGAGAAGUCAGUUGCUAUGGUCUCACCGAACAUCCCACGACCGUGUCUGGAUCAAAGCAGAACUUUCAAUUCCUGCUCAGGAAGUGCCAUUUACUAUUUCUUUAGUCGGGAUUGUUGGCUGGUCUGUGUAUGGGGAUAUAGCCAUUGAUGAUAUCAGAGUGUUUACGACAAAACAAACUGAAGCCCCACUUAAUUGCACCUUUGAAGCAUCAGGAAUUUGUAAGUUCACUACACCCGCUAAUGGUAACUAUCGCUGGAAAAAGCACACAGGGGUUGCAAGAUAUCCUAGCCAUGCACCAAGCAAGGAUCAUACUUCAGGCACGCCAUACGGUCAUUACAUGGUGUUUGAAAAUCUCUGGCGACAAAACAAUAACUCUACAGCCUCGUUAAUAACCCCUACAUUGAAAAGCAGUUCAGAUAUAUGCAUGUCAUUCUACUACUUCAUGCAUGGAUACAGGAAAGCUUCCCUGAAUGUCUACCAGCAAAUAAAUGGUCAAAACUCAGCUUCUCUCUGGUUGGAUACAACAGAUCAAGGAUCCAGAUGGGUUAAGGCUCAAGUAACACUGCCCGCCAAUCAAAAAUAUAAAGUCGUCUUUGAAGGUGUUCUACACACUUAUGGUGCAUAUGUUGCUGUUGAUGACAUCAAUUCAAAAACCGGAGAAUGCUCAGAUCCAGGAGAUACCGAUUUUGAAGAUGACAUGGGUACUUGGUCGAACAUAAAGCGUAAUGAUAUCGAUUGGAUACGAGCUACUGGUGAAAUGCCAUAUCGUCUUCCACAUCCAGCAAAUGACCACACUAUGAACAAUGUCAAAGGACAUUAUAUUUUCCUUGCCUCGAAUAGUAACUCACAAAAGAAAGGAAUAUUGAGAAGCCAAGUAUUUCCUGCUACCAAUCUCCGUUGUCUUCAUUUUUGGUUUUAUUUGGAUGGUACUUCACCAGGUGGCAUCACCGUAUAUUUUGUCGAUGAAGAAACAGAAAAUAAAACAGCGAUAUGGGCCCUUUCUUCAGCGCAAGGAAGCUCAUGGAAUUAUGCUCAAACAGCAUUUGCUUGGAAGAAUUCGUAUUAUGUUGAAUUUGAAGGCAUUACUAAUCAGAAUCAUGAUGUCUACACUGCUCUUGAUGAUAUCAUGUUCCUAAAUGAUUAUUGUGCAGUUCAGCCUUCAGAAGCCCAAACAAGAUAUAAGUUUUUUCCAAAAACAAAUACAACAUCAGCACCAGUACUUACUGAUUCUGCAGUAGACUGUACGUUUGAAAAAGAUUAUUGCAAAUGGACUCAUAAUAAAUCUGAUGUUUUCCUAUGGAGACGAAAACAAGGCCCAACUGAUUCAUCGGGUACAGGACCACAAACUGACCACACUUAUGGAAACUCUACUGGUUAUUAUAUUUAUAUUGAGGCAUCUUCUCCAAGACGUCAAAAUGACACAGCAAGUUUGAUAUCAUCCACAAUUUCACCGACUUCAAAUGGUUGUUUCCGCUUCUGGUAUCACAUGUAUGGCUCUGAUGUAGAUACGCUAACCGUGUACAAUGCUAGUGGCAAGACCCGCUCUCCACUGUGGAGAAAACAAGGAACUGUUGAUGAAUUUUGGCACCAAGCAAUAAUUGAAAUUAAUUUUGAGAAAAGCACUCAGAUUGUACUUGAAGGAAGACGUGGAAAGAGCUUCUCUGGGGAUAUUUCAAUUGAUGAUGUAUCUUUUUCAAAGAAGCAGUGUCCAAGUUCAAGUGAUUUCCUCUGUGACUUUGAAGAAACAUCUAUUUGCGGAUUUCUACAAUCCAAAAAGGAUAAAUUUGAUUGGGUGAGAGCACGAGGUGCAUCUUAUUCCAGAAAUAGUGGUCCUUCUAGUGAUCACACCUUUGGAACUUGGCAAGGGCACUACAUGUAUAUUAAGUCAGUUACUCAUAGCACUGGUGACAAUGCAAUCCUGGUAAGUCCAGAAUAUAAAUCAACUGGUGGGAAAUGUGCCAAUUUCUGGUAUCACAUGUAUGGCAGUCAAAUCGGUCAUCUGAAAGUUUAUGUAAAAACAUCAGUCAGCAAACAGUUACUUUGGACACGACAUCAUGCGCAAGGAAACUUUUGGUCAUUAGCCCAAGUUAAAAUCGCCUUCUCUGGAACAUUCCACUUGGAGUUUGAAGCAAUCACUGACAAAGGAAGCCAAGGCAACAUUGCCAUUGAUGAUUUCAGUCUGACUGAAGGACAAUGUCCAAAAGCCGGUAAUAUUGAUUUCGAGAAAGGCCUUUUAACAUGGAUGAAUGUUAUCGAUGAUGACUUUGACUGGCUAAUUGGCACCGGAAAGAGAUACUACUAUUUCAACGGUCCAAAGGAAGAUCAUACGCUGAGGAAAUUUUAUGGACACUAUUUGCUUGUGAGAGCUUUGACCCCGUUCAAAGCUGGAGACCAUGCUCUUCUCAUGAGUGAAUCUUUGGAUGGCUCAAUGCACCAAUGCAUGACAUUUUGGUAUAGAAUGUAUGGACAAGGUAUUGGUACUCUCCGAUUCGUAAUGGUACAGCUUGGUUCCAAUGUUACCAGUUGGGUUUUAACAGGCUCUCAAAGUAGAUAUUGGAGAUUAGGCCGCUUCCCAAUAGCAAGUAACAAACCAUUCCAGAUCAUCAUUGAAGGGGUUCGUGGAAGCAGUAACAGAGUAAAUUUUGCUAUUGAUGACAUCGAAUUCAACAAUAAGAAAUGCUCGCGGUAUCCUCGAAACGCUAAAGAACUCCCAGUAACAUCAACAAUUUCAAGUUCAGUAACCACAGCACUUCCACCGAAGACAACACCAACACCAACGCAGUACGACUGCACUUUUGAAAAAGACAUGUGUUCUUGGACUAAUGAUGCCAAAGCUGAUUUUAAAUGGGUGAGAGCUCAAGGCCCAUCAGGACGCUAUAAGAGUGGCCCAACAACAGACCAUACCAGUGGAACAAAAGACGGCUGGUAUAUUCUGUCAAAGAGAUCAUGGAGCGUUAAAUCUAACUCAAAGGCACGUAUUGUUGGUCCAAGCAUCGCUUCUUCUCAGACACGAUGUCUGAACUUUUGGUAUCACAUGUACGGAGCCUAUGUGAAUCAGUUACAAGUAAAUGUCACACAAGGAACAACUACCAAAAAAUUAUGGAUGAAAACAGGUGACCAGGGCAACUUAUGGAGACAAGCUUUUAUUCAUAUGGAUAAAAGUGCAUAUAAAACUAAUUACAAGAUCACAUUUGAAGCAGUCAGCGGAAACAAUUAUCGAGAUUUUAUUGCACUUGAUGACAUCCGCUUCACACUGGGGGCUUGUCAUGAAAAUAACCCAACAUUCUGUGAUUUUGAAUCAGAGGACAAAUGUAAUUAUACUCAUAACAAGAACGCUGACUUUGAAUGGACCUGGAACCAUGGAAGGACACAGAGCUCACGGACUGGGCCAAUUGUAGAUCACACCAUGGGGACUUCAUCAGGACAUUAUUUCUACAUUGAAACAUCAUCCAAGAAAGAGAACCAAACAGCUCAGUUGAUUAGUCCUAUGUACCAUACUGAUACGCCGACAUGCUUACAUUUCUUUUAUUUUAUGUAUGGUGAUGAUGUCAAUACACUAAAUGUAUAUCAGGUAUUUGGAAACCAAUUUGAUGAAUUAAAAUCUCCGCUAUGGAACAUGGAACAUUCUCAAGGCCCUAACUGGAUUGAAGGCACAGUAACACUCGCUGCACAUGGUAACUAUACGGUCAUAUUUGAAGGAAUAUCAGGAAAGGGCUUUAGAGGGGACAUUGCCAUUGAUGAUAUUUACCAAACUGAUGGAUCAUGUCAAACACCAGGUUUCUGUGAUUUUGAAAAUGGUACCUGCAAUUGGAGAAAUGAUAAGCUGGAUGACUUCGACUGGGUUAUUGGUCAAGGACUCACCUUAACAGAUGAGACUGGUCCUAUUUAUGACCACACCUAUAAGAACGCCAAAGGACACUAUAUGUACAUAGACUCUAGCAGCCCAGUUCGUCCAGGAGAUAUAGCUCAUCUUCUUAGUGAGCAUUUAUCAGCAACUGACAAAGCAGGCUGCUUGAAAUUCUGGUACCAAAUGUACGGAAAGGAUGUAAACGCUUUGAACGUUUUGGUGCGAAAGACUUUUGGCUUUUUGCGCCACUAUGAUGCUGCCUACAUUUGGACUUUAAAUGGUAAUCAGGGACAAAAAUGGUUAAGUGCUCAAGUGUAUAUAGAUCCGAGAUACUCUGCCACGAGUCAUCAGUUAAUUUUUGAAGCAAUACGAGGGAAUGGAAGUUAUGGAGACAUUGCUAUAGAUGAUAUUUCUAUUUCUCAAGAAUCCUGUUCAAUAAAACCAAUCUAUGCCGAUCCACAAAAAUCAGAAUUCCAGGAGGUGUCUUGUUCUUUUGACAGGGACUUCUGUCUAUGGCAACGUGAUUCAAAAUCAAAUUUUAACUGGACUCUUGCUGGAUAUUAUAAACGUAUUAAAUCACGUACAGGAUCAGGGUCAUAUAUCUAUAUCAAAAGUUUCCAGAGUAAAAAAGGCAGCAAUGCUAUGAUACAUACACAACUUUUGGCACCGGCAUCAACUGGUGGCAACUGCCUGUCUUUCUGGUACUAUAUGUAUGGAUCCAACAUAGGUUCUUUGAAUGUAUACAUGACAAAAUUUGGUCGUAAAGUAUUAAUCUGGACUAAGCGAGGCUCUCAAGAAAACCAAUGGAAUUAUGCUCAUUUGAAUGUUGAAAAUGAUUAUAACUACAUGCUGUACAUUGAAUUUGUUACAAGUGGAAGAUCUACAGGAAUGAUGGCACUUGAUGACGUUUUCAUGGAUACCAAUGGUUGUCCUCAUCCACGUUCAUGUGAUUUUGAAGUGGAUACAUGUGGCUGGACUAUUGAACGUAAACUGACAAACCGGUGGACAAAAUCAAGUUAUUUCAACCAAAUUCUUGACCAUACUACUGGAACAAAAGCAGGUCAUUACAUCUAUGCGAGUUCCUAUCAAUACAGAAAAAGGAAAACAUUAAUUGCUCGUGUGACAAGUCCACCUUUCCCACCUGCUUCCCAAUCGUGUUUAAGAUUUUGGUACAACAUGAAUGUACAGAAUAGCAGUGCACUUCAGCUGUAUGUUAAAUCAGGCUUUUUGAAACGGAAAGUAUGGGAACGUACUGGAGACCAAGGAAAAGAAUGGUGGCAAGGUCAUGCAAACAUUGUUGUUCCAUUGCAGCAACUGGGAGUAACUUAUAAGUUGACAUUCCAAAGUGUGCAAGAUAGUGGUCAUUCAGAAAUCAUUGCUUUGGAUGACAUAGAACACCUGCCAGGCCCCUGUGACCCACAGAACUUCUGUGAUUUUGAGCAGGGGAUGUGUGGUUUCACCAAUGUCUAUGGGGACGAUUUUGAUUGGAUUAUAUUCAGUGGUUCCAAACAGAAUUUUGUUACUGGGCCUACAGAAGAUCACACCACAAAUUCUCCUUCGGGUCAUUAUAUGUACAUUGAGACACGAUGGCAUCAAAAUGAGAAUGACAGAGCUUGGCUUAGUAGCUGGGAAAAUGAACCAACUAACGCAACAUGCGUAUCUUUCUGGUAUCAUAUGUAUGGCAAAGGUAUGGGAGACCUGAAUGUCUACUAUAAGAACAGUAAAAUAAACAGGACGAUUUGGCACCAAACUGGAAACCAGGGUAACAUCUGGCUACUUGGCAACUUCACAAUUAUAUCACCAACAAAGUAUGUAAUCAUAUUUGAAGGAGUUCGUGGCAAGACAUAUACCAGUGAUAUUGCAUUGGAUGACAUUAGGUUCCAGAGUGGAUCCUGUGAGUCAAUAGUUACAGUACCAAUUACGACUAUGGAACCAGCUAAAAGAGAUAUCUUCUUCCAGUGCACUUUUGAAUAUGAUUUGUGUGGUUGGCUGAUAGAUUCCACAACAAAUGCUGCAUUUAUGAUCAGUUAUGGAGCAUUUGUCUACAAGAGAGGUGGACCCACCAGUGAUCACACGCUAGACAAUAAUUUUGGACAUUAUCUUCUUCUGAACAACUCACAGAGCACCAAUAACAGAACAGCCAGGUUUAUCAGCCCUGACCUUCAUAUUACAAAACCUAUCUGCAUCACAUUUUGGUAUUACAUGAGAAUUACCAACUUUGGUCAGCUGAAUGUCUAUGUUCAUGACAGUGGACAUAAGAAGCCACCCUUAUGGACAAGAUCUGGAACACAAGGCUUCCAAUGGCUGUAUGCUUCUAUCGAUGUUCCAAACCCAGAAAAAUCAAACCGGGUUUACUUUGAAGCUAUUCGUAACCAUGGUUACUAUGGUAUUGCAUUAGAUGACAUCAAAAUACUGAUUGGCAGCUGCCCUGAAAUAAAUGAAUGUGACUUUGAAGAGGUUGAUAUAUGUGGCUUUGAACAAGGUACAACUGAUAAAUUCAACUGGACAAGAGGUUCUCAUGCAACAGCUGGCCAUAAUGGACCACCAGCUGACCAUACAUACAAGUCAUUUUAUGGCCAUUAUAUGUACCUUAAUAUGCAAAAGCAUAAAAAAGACGACCAUUCUUACUUAUACACACCACAAUAUUCAGCAACACAAACAGAGCGCUGCUUAUCAUUUUGGUACUACAUGUAUGGAACAUAUAAUGAUAAAAUAAAUGUCUAUUUGUACCAAAAUAACAAAAUAACAACUAAACUUUGGUCUAUUCAGACCAGUCAAGGACCUCAUUGGCGUUUAGCUACAGUUUCAAUCAAUUCCCAGACACCAUUCCAGGUCUUAUUCGAAGGUAUCCGUGGUUACAACAGUCAUGUUAUUAUUGCUUUGGACGAUGUCAAAGUUUCCCGAACAGCUUGUGAACCGUUAGCUUCCUGUAACUUUGAAGAUGGUUUCUGUGGCUGGUUUAACAACCGUCUUACUGUAGGCCGGAGUUUGAAUUGGAAUAUCAGAACAGGACGCUACAGGAGAACCAAAUUGGAACCACCAGUUGAUCAUACCGCAGGAGAUUCAUCAGGUUCUUAUGCUCAUAUUUAUUCCACCAAAAGAAAUAAAGGCAGGGCUGCUUACCUCGAAUCUCAGAUGGUUCCUUAUGAAGAAGCACCAUAUUUCUGCUUCCACUUUUGGCAUUACAUGUAUGGCACAGAUGCUGGUUUACUUACCAUUUACACUCAUUAUCAUGGCCGAUCCCUUAAUGCAAUAUGGACAAGGAAUAACAGUAUCAGCAACCAAUGGGUUGAAGAAUUUGUUGCUGUUGGCAGUCAGUAUAUAAACUUUGAAGUAAGUUAUUGGCUGAAAGAACAAAAGUUUACUUGCAAAUCUGGUUUAAAGAUAUCAAAUGAGAAGGUGUGUGACUUCCUUUUUGACUGUCCUGAUUAUGAUGAUGAAGAUAAUUGCGGUUCCUGCACAUUUGAAGAUGAUAUGUGUACCUGGAAUGAUGUUAGCCGUGGCUCAUUUGAAUGGGUGCGAGGAAGAAAUGGAAAUAAUGCCACUGAGAGUGGACCAAGUAUUGACCAUACUAUGGGAACUGCUAAUGGAUGGUUUGCAUAUAUUCACUCAAGCAAUGGAACAGGAACACAGCAUGCAAGCCUAGAAAAUAGAGUCAUUCGACAGACCAGUUCCACGUGUCAGCUGAACUUCUGGUACUAUAUAUCAUCAAAGAGUUUUUCCAAUAAUAUUAAUGUAGAACUUCAUGAAAGUGAUAUCAUUACCUCACUGAUGAGAUAUACACAUAAAUCAAACGUGUGGCAACAAGCAACGGUUGCCAUUGGAAAAGUUUCCAGACCAUUCCGACUUAUGUUUUAUGGAACCCGUUCGUUUUCACUAAGAAGUGAUGUGGCCAUUGAUGAUAUCACCCUGACUGAUUGUAAUUUCCCAAAGCCAGAAGAACAUUGCGAAAAAUAUGAGUUCCACUGUAAGAACAAAGCUUGUAUCGAUUCUUCCCAAAUCUGUGAUCUUAGCAAUGAUUGUGGUGAUGGUAGCGAUGAAAAUGACUGUGAUGAAUUUAACAGUUGUGAUUUUGAUUUUGGUCUCUGUGACUGGAGUCAAGAUUGGAAUGAUGACUUUGAUUGGACGCGUACAAGUGGAGAAACUCUUUCAUAUUCUACAGGACCAAAAAGAGACCAUUCUACAGGAACUGGAACAGGUUACUACAUAUAUACUGAAGCAUCAUCUCCACGUAAGAAAGGUGAAAAAGCUCGUCUCUAUAGUCCAGUAAUUGGACCUCCAUCAAGCAAUGAGUGCUGGAUACGAUUCUUUUAUCACAUGAACGGCUUUCAAAUGGGAACGCUUAAUGUCUAUACCCGGACAUCUGUAUUUGGAAAAUAUGAAAAAUUGUGGACGAAAACAGGUCAUGUUGCUGAUUACUGGGAGAGAGCAGACGUACAGCUGACAUCAAACCAAAAAUUCCAGGUGGUAUUUGAAAGUAUUAUCGGUGGAUAUAGCAGUGAUAUAGCUUUGGAUGAUGUCUCUUUCUUACCUGGCUGUGACAUCAGUGACAACAAUGAAAAGCUUCCCAAUGGAACAGAACCAAAGACAACUCCGAGACCUUGUCCCAUUGGAUUAUACUCAUGCAGAGAUGGGACUGGAUGUAUUCAAUAUACCAAUGUGUGCGAUUUUGAGAAGAAUUGCAAUGAUAAAUCUGAUGAAGAUGUUUGCGGAGAUUGUGAUUUUGAAUCUGGCCUUUGUGGUUGGACGGAUUACAGUAUAGGAAAAUUUAAAUGGGCCUCUCACCAAGGUGAUACUAUGGGUAAAAUUGGGCCUGCAAAAGAUCACACCACCAACAGCAUUAAAGGUAAGUCUAAAAAGCUUUCUUUGUUGAUGAAUUUUGAAACUUAA